ACGCCCCCCCCCCUUCCGUGUAAAUGAUGUACCGCAACAAGCAGCCAAGCCACGCCACAGGACAUCGCGAGACCGAGCCAAGUGGUUAUCGGUGAGGCGGUUCACCCGUCGGAGCACAGUUGUGGAUCGCACUCCGUGUCUGGACCGAUCUGACGGGGGACGAUGGCCCUCCGCGUUACAUCCAACGGCCACGCCGUCACUUACCGAAAGGUUUGCGCGGUUCGCGCGCGCGUUUGUGUCGAAAUACAUUGUGUGUGUGUGUACAGCGCUGACUGUACUGUGUUCACAGUCAUGUGUGCGGUGUUCGUCCGUCUCGCCCGGCCUAGCCUAGCGCCUAGAGUCUAGUCUCCCGCUGCUGUAUACGGUUGUCUAAUUGAGGGAUAAACGUUUUUAAAAUUUCUUUCCAACCACCAAAACACUCGACUCGCGUACGGCAGUGUGCGUAGCGUUUUCUUCGCUCUUUUCUCUUUACGGGCUUAUUCGAGGGGGAGAAGACGACCAGAGACUCAUGGGCUUGACCCUGACGCGACUGUGGUCCGUCUGGGUGGCGCGCGCCCGUCGCCGCCGACUACGGAGCCGCAGCUCCAGCCAGCGGAGCGUCGCCCGCAGUCACAGCGACGACAGCUCGAGCGGGCGGGGGUCCAUCGCGGAUGAGAGCAUGUUCAUUGACGCCAGCGACUCUCUCUGGUUGCAGCACACGCGAGAGAUGCCUAUCCUGGGCAGAGGAUCCCCAGUAGCGUCCCUACCACAAGACUUACUACUCAGAAUAUUCUCAUUCCUGGAUGUGGUGUCGCUAGGUAGAGCGGCCCAGGUCUCGCGACGCUGGCACGACCUGGCUCUUCACGGCUCAAACUGGCAGAGAGUUGAUCUCUUUGAGUUUCAAAUGGCAAUCGAGGGGUAUGUGGUAGAACAGAUGUCUAAAAGAACCCUCUCCCUCUUUCUUCUCUCUUCUCUUUCUUCUCUCUUCUCUUCCUCUAUUUCUUCUUCAAUUCCUCUUCCCCUCUUCCCUCCUCCCUCUUAUAAUUAUACACUCUCCAGAAAGUUCUGUCUGAACUGCCCUCACAUGGAGAAGCUGAUUCUCUCCAAGUGUGUCAGAAUCACCGACCGCAGUUGUGAGAGUCUCAGUAAAAACUGUCUGAACUUGCUGCACCUCAACCUUUCCUCCUGUCGCUCAAUCACAAACAAAUCCUGCGAACACCUCGGUGAGGGCUGCAACAGACUGGAACACAUUGAUCUCUCCUACUGCACCGUAUCGCUGGAGGGAGUCGAACAACUAGUCAAAGGCUGUCCUGGACUCAGACACAUCAUACUCACCUACUGCAGAGAGAUCGAUGAUGCAUCUCUCAAAUUGAUAGGGAAAAACUGCAAGAGACUCUUAUCACUUGACAUCAAAGGCUGCAAAAGAGUGAGUGAUCGGGGAGUACAAGCGUUGAGUGAGGAUUGCUGUGAACUGGAGAGUCUGUCAGUCAGUAACUGUGACACUCUAACCGACGCCUCGCUGAAGAAGGUGGCCGCUCACUGCCAUAGUCUAAGAAUUUUGGAAGCAACAAGUUGUUCACAUUUCAGCGAUGUCGGCUUCCAAGCUUUAGCAACUGGCUGCAACGACCUUCAGAGAAUGGAUCUAGAAGAAUGCUCAUUGAUUACAGAUCAGACGUUGUCGUCGUUGGCACUGAAUUGUCCCAACCUCCAGAGCUUGGCCCUCUCUCACUGUGAACGGAUCACUGACAAUGGGAUACGUCACCUGGUGGGCGGAGCUUGUUUCGAAACGCUGCAAGUCCUGGAGCUAGACAACUGUCCCCUUAUUACUGACCACACCCUCGAGAUGCUCAGAGGGUGUGUCACUCUGAGGAGGUUAGAAAUCUUUGACUGUCAAAUGGUCUCCAGAAAUGGGAUACACAGACUUGAGGUACAUACACACAUUUCCAUUCCCAUUCCACAAACUCCACUAUUCCACAACCCAUUCCCAUUCCACACUCAGCUCCAAUCCCGUUCCACAAUUUCAUUCCCACAUUCCCAUUCCACACUUGACUUCAUUCCCCCAUUCCAAUUCCACACCUGACUCCAUUCCCCAAUUCCCAUUCCUCCAGAGGUUGAGACCGGAUAUGAAGGUACACGCCUUCUUCCCGCCCCAAACUCCACCCCCUGCUGCAUCCCAGCAAGCCAGAACCAUCUGCAAAUGUUGCACGUUACUAUAGCAACAGCGAUCAUGUAAUCGUCAUGUUACGUUUUUUACACCACUUCUUCACUGCAGUGUCAUCAGUCAUUUAACUGCAUGAAUCAUUCCACGGUUUGUAUAUCACGUGAUUUUGAUGUACACCUCUCAAUUUUAUAUCACACAUCAAAAAUUUUAAGGUCUCCAGUCGAAAUCACCAUAAUGGGUAUUGACCCUACACACAAAACAGGCAGAGAUUUUGCUGAGGUGCAAAAACUUGGCUCUAAACAGUAUCGGCCACACCCCC